AUGACAGACAUAUUGACAGACAUGGGUUUAUAUGCAACUGACUCAAAUGUCAUUGCAUGGGAAGAAAAAGACCGACGCGCGCUGUCUGCCAUCAGACUUCGCGUGGCAGAUGGGCCGCUGAUUUACAUCACAGACGCUGUAACAUCUAAAAGUGCAUGGGACACGCUGAUGGACACGUAUAAGGUUGACCAGAUGGGACAUGGAUUGUUUUGA